AUGAUCAUUCCCGGGCGCGUCGCACAUGCACGAAACGUGGUUAAAAAGCUGCUUUCCGUGGAGAAGCAAGCGCAGCCCUGCGGCGUCGAUCUCACGCUGAAACGCAUCAAGACCUGGUCGUCCGCGGGCGCAAUCGACUUCGACAAUACCCACCGCAAGACCGCGGGGACUGUAGACAUGCCCUUCCGACGACUCUCAGGAGAGCCUCACAUUCCCACGAGUAGGACGUCGAAACUGGACGAGCAAGAGACUGAAGCCGUUGAGACCGACUACGUUGACGUGGCGUGUGGAUCCUACCUCGUCGAGUUCAACGAGCUCGUCGACAUGCCGCUCGACCUCAUGGGCCAGAUCAUGGUGCGCAGUUCGUUGUUCCGCUCUGGCGCACUCGUGCACGCCGGCGUGAUGGACAGUGGGUACAAGGGCGCUGUCGGGGGGGUGUUGCAAGUGGUUAAUCCGUACGGUUUGCGAUUGUACAAGGAUGCAAAGCUAGCGCAGAUUGUGUUUCACGAGAUGAGUGAGCCGGUGGAGGGCUAUAGUGGGAUCUACCAGGGUCGGACGCAUAUUUGAAGAGCGUUGGCGGUGUGUAGAGGUUGAUGCUCCUGUCCAGCGGAUCUUGUACAGAUGGAGACCUUUCUGUGGUUCUGGGCAUGAGAGUUUUGUGGUUGAUCUUGUUUUUCAUGGGAAAAUAGUUGUGAAGUGCGUCAACUUGGACUGAUAAAUAUAGUCUGCUGGUGGCUUGUUUCAACGUGCAGGCCGAGACGACACGCCCUCUAGCAUUUCCCGGAACUCCAUUAUUGUCUAUCUGCACUCCACAUCUACCUGCCUGGACUCCGGAUUUGCUUACCAGUACUGCACUCCGCAUUUGCGGUCACUUCCAAGUCACGCACUCAACGAUCAGGUUUGACACUGGCUUCAGCCUGCUGUCGGGGAUGCCGGCAGGCAAAUGUACAACGCGGGCUUCAAGACGAUUUGGGAUUCGCGACGUUGAUAGUGAGUAGAGAGUAGC